AUGUCGCCCUCAAUUUCUCAACUCCCACCACGUGUUCUCAUAAUUGGCGGCGGUUUGGGGGGUCUUUCCCUUGCUCAGGGUCUCAAGAAGGCCGCUGUUCCCUUCCAUAUUUUUGAGAGGGAUCCGUCCCCUACUUUCCGUCCUCAAGGAUAUAGAAUUAAGAUCAACUAUGAAGGCGCCAUGGCUCUGAAGGCAGUGAUGAGCGAGGAGAUGUGGGAAGAAUUCGAGAAGACUUGUGCUGAGUCUAAAUUCGGCGAAACCAAUAUCAAUGCUCCUGAUGGGGGCGUCAUUGCUAGCCGCGAAGGACCAGGGAUUUUCGGAGGAAACUUCGUUCCCUACCUAGCGGACCGCACAGUCCUACGAAGAUUACUAUUCCGCGGUCUGGAGGAAGACGCGUCUUUUGGAAAGACCUUGACUCACUACGAGGAACUGGAAGAGGGUGUUAUUGCACACUUCGCGGAUGGAACUUCAGAGCAAGGUAUUCUCCUCGUUGGCGCGGACGGCUUCCGAUCCCCCGUCCGCAAGCAACUACAUCCCGAGCAUAAGCCAGUUGACACCAACGGACGAUGCAUCUAUGGCAAGACACCCCUCACUGAUGAGUUCCUUGCCAAGUACCACGCCCGCGCUCACAAGUGGAUGACCCUAGUCCUGGACAAGACUCCCAUGACCCAAACUCUUGACAUCGAUGAGACUCCCUUGACCUGUCUUCUCGAGCCAGUUCGCUUCGUUGACAACGAGUACAAGUCCAAGGCUCCACAAGACUACAUCUACUGGGUCCUCAUCGGUCGCUCAGAUGUCUUUGGAUUGUCGACCGAUAAGUUGCUUGCCUUGAGUGGGCAGGAGUCGGCCAAUCUUUCGCUCAAGCUCACCUCAGAAUGGGAUCCUUCAAUCCGUGCCCUUUUCGAACACCAGGAUGUUAAACAAUCUUCAGCUCUACGCAUAUCGACGGCGAAGCCAGCGAUUCCGGAGUGGGUGGCUAAUCCACGUGUCACUCUUCUCGGUGAUGCGGUCCACGUUAUGUCGCCAUGCGGGGGUGUUGGUGCGGUAACGGCUAUUAUGGAUGCUGCGGAGCUGACCAAGAAUCUUCAAGCCAGUGGUAUCAACAAGAAGAGCAUUGCCCAAUACGAGGCUGCUAUGAGGGUAUAUGCUCGGAAGUCCAUCGAGAGGAGCUAUUUUGGAGGAAAAAAGAUGUUCGGUCACCAGCCAUUCGACAACUGCGAGAUCCUGGAAUUGUAA